AUGCAUAAACGAUUGCUCGCGCCAUACCGUCCCAUCUUGUCGUUCGUGCGCAGCUGUCGUCGAUGCCCCACCUCGUGCAGGUCGCGCAGAGUGCCCUUCGUCCAAUUCAACGACGGCGAGACCUUCCCCAUCUUCGGUCUCGGCACCUGGAAGUCCAAGCCUGACCAAGUCUGCCGAGCAGUCCAAGAAGCCAUAGACGUCGGCUACCGCCACAUAGACUGCGCAGCGGUCUACGAGAACGAAAGAGAAGUGGGGGCGGGCAUCAAGGCCAAACUGGACGACGGUACGGUCAAAAGGGAGGAGCUGUACAUCACCAGCAAGCUGUGGAAUACGAUGCACCGGCCGGAGAAGGUCGAGAAAGCUAUCAAGGGUAGUUUGGAGAAGCUGGGACUGGAGUAUCUUGACCUCUAUCUGAUACAUUGGCCGUUCGCCUUGAAGGAGGGCUGCGAGUUGUUUCCAGUGAAUGAGGACGGGUCGACCGCCUAUGGAGAUAUCAAUUUUGUCGAUACUUGGAAAGCGAUGGAAGAGGUCCACAAGAACUGCCUCACCAAAUCGAUCGGAAUAUCGAAUUUCAACAAGAGACAAACGGAGUGCAUCCUGGAAAAUUGCUCGAUCAAACCGGUCACCAAUCAAAUAGAGCUGCACGCCUACCUGAACCAGAAGAAAUUGGUGGAAUUUUUGACCGGCCACGAUAUCAUAGUCACCGCCUACAGCCCGCUGGGGUCUGCGGAUAGGCCGUGGGCGAAACCGGACGAACCGAGGUUGCUGAUGGACCCGCUGCUCCAGAAACUGAGCAAGAAGUAUCAGAAAACUCCGGCCCAGAUCUUGCUCAGGCUCUCCGUCGAAUGCGGGUACAUCACGAUUCCGAAGUCCGUCACGAAAUCGAGGAUCGAAGAGAAUUUCAGCAUUUGGGAUUUCAGCCUGUAUCGGACAGACGUGGAAUUGUUGGAUGGUCUGAAUAGAGACUACAGAUAUUGCGCUUAUCCAGACGCGUGUACUCAUAAGGAUCAUCCAUUCGCCAAGGACGAGUAUUGA